AUGAGUGUGCAAACAUGCAAUUCUCUCUUCCGUUUUGCUUGAUAACGCUUCCAAGGGUUGCUUGAUUUAGAUUCUCAGUCUUUGAACAUACUCGCAGUUGGCCGGUGGAUAGUUAGUGAAAUGAUCACCAAACGCUUAUCGCAUAUGUUUAUCGUGGUGGUUUUCCUUGCGGUUGUGGAAAUGUACUCUGCCACCAAGUACAGCGAAAACCGUUACGCACCUCUGGUACGGAACAGCUACAGUAAUAUCUGUCCUAAGCCGGAACUCCUGAAUGGAAUGAUCCGGAUUAGGCUACGUGGGAAGUUCCUACGGUUUGACUGCAACACAAAUUUCACCUUGGUUGGAGCAAAAUACAUUCUGUGCAAAAGUGGUCGUUGGAAUUCCCCUGCGCCUAUUUGUGUCAAACCGGGUUGCUCUGAUUUACCACCGGUGGCCAAUGGUUUCAUCUUUUACGAGAAUGAAAAAGCUGCAGCAACACUGUUUUGCGAUAGUAGUUACAAAACCUUUGGUCCCAUGUACAGCUACUGCAACGGAUCCGAUUGGGAUCGUACGAUUGGAAGUUGCCGUAGCAGUGGUUUGACAGUUGAACGAUCAUGUGACUUUGAAACGGAAGAUUUUUGUGGUUGGGAGAACACGGAUAUCGGUAGUGUUGAGUGGCAAAGAAGUUCCGGAGUAGUAUCGCGUCGGUUGUUGAAGACUGGCCCAAAACAUGACCACACUACGGGGCAACCUUUGAAUGGCCAUUUUAUGAUGAUUGAUUCUUCACAGCAAGACACGAAAGCAACUGCGCAUCUGAUUUCGCCCAUUUACAGCAGCAAUUACAGCACCAAAGCAUGUUUUCGUUUCUUUUAUCACAUGUUCGGUGACGUAGGCACGCUCUCAGUUUAUGUGAAGCCUCUCUCGCUGGAGCUCGGCAAUAUGCUCAAGCAAGGUGCUCAAUUCACCAUCAGUGGUAACCAAGGAAACGCAUGGAACGAAGGUUACUUUGACCUGCAGAAGCAAACUGAGAGUUUUCAGAUUAUAAUUCAAGCGUCUCUUGGAAUGCGCUUCAAAAGUGAUACCGCAAUUGAUGAUGUUGCUUUGUUGAACGGCAGUGAUUGUCUAAGUAAUGGAACCGUCCUAGUACCGAUUACUGAAAGUGAUGCAGAUAUUUUCAAAAUCGAUUCAUGCAUUAACCGUUGUGGCUUGCAUAUGCAUUCUAUCGACGAAGAUGCUUCAAACUUGAUUCAAUGCGGAUGCACAAGCGACUGUGAUGCUGAUAAUAAUCUUUGCUGUCCUGAUUAUGCUGAAGUGUGCCUGUUUGAUGAGUCGAAUGGGACUGAAGAAGACAUGAUUACCUUGAGUAAAGAGAAGCUUCAAUGUUUCCAUUAG